GGUGUUCCGCGGUCGGGCAGUUUCUGCGCGCCGUACCCUAAGACUGGAGGCCAACCCCGCCAGCCCAGCUUAGGGUGCGGACGAGAGCGUGGCGGCGCAGCGGGCUGCUGGCAACCUUUGCCGUGCCUUCCGCUCCUCCGCUGCUAGGAAAGUGAAAAUAAAACCGAAAGGGUGGGAGGCGCGGAGGAGGGAGCAGAACGGGAGAUGGGUAGCGCAUGAGCCAGCGCUGAGAGGUUUCUUCUUGUAUGGAUCACUGAUUGAAUAAUAGAUGGCUUUACCUCGUCUCACAGUAGCCCUGCGCUCCUUUUCAAAUGUCACCAAGCAAGAUAAUUACAGUGAAGAUGUGGCUGACUUAAAGGUGAAGAGGUCUAAAAUUCAUGAGCAGAAUGUAGGUUUGGACCAAACAUGGAAGAAGAUAAUAAAAUUUUUGAAUGAAAAGCUGGAGAAGAGUGAAAUGCAAAAUGUAAACGAAGACUUAAAAGACAUAUUGCAGGCUGCAAAACAAAUAGUUGGAGUGGAUAAUGGGAUAGAAGCAAUUGAAAGUGCAGCUGCAUUUCUUUUCAAGACAUUUCACUUGACGGACUGUGUUGGCCACAGGGAGACAAAGGCUAUCAAACAGAUGUUUGGUCCUUUUCCAUCAUCAUCUGCCACUGCUGCUUGUAAUGCUACUAAUCGAAUUACUUCUCGUUUUCAUCAUGACAGUUUUACUGCUCUUCUCCAGAUGACAGAAGAGGAAUAUGGUGGUGAGAGAGUUUUAUUUGGUAAAAACUUAGUAUUUUCAUUUGACAUGCAUGAUUUGGACCACUUUGAUGAACUGCCAAUAAAUGGUGAAUCCCAGAAAACUAUCAGCCUAGAUUACAAGAAGUUUCUGAAUGAACAUUUUCACGAGCAUUCUACCCCAGAUCUUAAGCCUGUGGAAAAAACAAAUGACUCCUUUUUGUGGUGUGAAGUUGAAAAGUACUUAAAUGCAACUUUAAAUGAAAUGGCUGAAGCAACAAGAAUAGAAGAUCUUUGCUGUACUUUAUAUGAUAUGCUUGCUUCUGUUAAAAGUGGUGAUGAACUUCAGAAUGAGCUGUUUGAACUGCUUGGACCUGAUGGAUUUGAACUUAUUGAGAAGCUCCUCCAGAACAGAAUUACAAUUGUGGAUAAAUUUCUAAAUUCUUCAAAUGAUCAUAAGUUCCAGGCUCUUCAAGACAAUUGCAAAAAAAUUUUAGGAGAAAAUGCUAAGCCUAAUUAUGGUUGUCAAGUCACUAUUCAGUCUGAACAAGAAAAACAGUUAAUGAAACAGUAUCGUCGUGAAGAAAAAAGAAUUGCCAGGCGAGAAAAAAAGGCUGGAGACGACGGAGAAGUUUCUGAAGGACUGACAUGCUUUGACCCAAAGGAACUGCGGAUACAGAGAGAGCAAGCUCUUCUAAAUGCUAGGAAUGCUCCAAUUCUGAGCAGGCAUAGAGACAUGGAUUCUGAAAAAAUACGUUAUCCUCAUGUUUAUGACUCCCAGGCUGAAGCCAUGAAAACAUCAGCAUUCAUUGCUGGGGCAAAGAUGAUUUUACCAGAAGGAAUUCAAAGAGACAAUAACAAGAUAUAUGAGGAAAUAAAGAUUCCCUACAGUGAACCAAUGCCAAUUGGCUUUGAAGAAAAACCAGUGCAUAUCCAAGAUUUAGAUGAGAUUGGACAGCUGGCUUUUAAAGGAAUGAAGAGACUCAAUAGAAUCCAGUCGAUUGUGUUUGAAACUGCCUACAACACCAACGAGAACAUGCUUAUCUGUGCCCCUACUGGAGCUGGAAAGACCAACAUUGCAAUGCUUACAAUUUUGCAUGAAGUCCGCCAACACUUUGAGCAAGGUGUUAUCAAAAAGAAUGAAUUUAAGAUUGUAUAUGUUGCUCCAAUGAAAGCCUUGGCAGCUGAAAUGACAAAUUAUUUCAGCAAACGUCUAGAACCAUUGGGCAUCGUUGUGAAAGAACUGACUGGAGAUAUGCAAUUGUCAAAAAGUGAAAUUUUGCGAACACAGAUGCUUGUGACUACACCAGAAAAAUGGGAUGUGGUGACAAGAAAGAGCGUUGGGGAUGUAGCUCUUUCUCAAAUAGUCAAGCUCCUUAUUCUUGAUGAAGUUCAUUUGCUGCAUGAAGAUAGAGGGCCAGUAUUAGAAAGUAUAGUGGCACGUACUCUGCGACAGGUUGAAUCCACUCAGAGUAUGAUAAGGAUUCUUGGACUCUCAGCCACAUUACCCAACUAUUUGGAUGUCGCUACAUUUUUACAUGUUAAUCCCUACAUUGGACUUUUCUUCUUUGAUGGCCGUUUUCGACCAGUUCCUCUUGGACAGACAUUUUUGGGGGUUAAAAGUGCAAAUAAGGUGCAACAAUUAAAUAACAUGGAUGAAGUAUGCUAUGAAAGUGUUUUGAAGCAAGUAAAGGCUGGAUACCAGGUGAUGGUGUUUGUACAUGCUCGAAAUGCCACUGUAAGAACAGCUAUGUCUCUGAUAGAAAGAGCGAAAAAUAAUGGUCAGAUUUUGUACUUUUUACCGACACAAGGAUCUGACUAUGGACAUGCAGAAAAACAGGUGCAAAAAUCAAGAAAUAAGCAAGUAAGAGAAUUAUUCCCAGAUGGCUUUAGUAUUCAUCAUGCAGGAAUGCUUCGGCAGGACAGAAAUUUGGUUGAAAAUUUGUUUUCUAAUGGGCAUAUAAAAGUCCUUGUCUGUACAGCUACGUUAGCCUGGGGUGUCAAUCUUCCUGCUCAUGCUGUUAUUAUUAAGGGAACACAAAUCUAUGCCGCAAAGAGAGGUUCCUUUGUUGACCUUGGAAUUUUAGAUGUCAUGCAGAUAUUUGGUCGAGCUGGAAGACCACAAUUUGACACAUUUGGAGAAGGAAUCAUCAUAACAACACAUGAUAAGCUCAGCCAUUACCUCACUUUGCUCACUCAACAAAAUCCAAUUGAGAGUCAGUUUCUGGAAAGCCUUGCAGAUAACCUAAAUGCAGAGAUUGCUCUGGGAACAGUUACUAAUGUAGAAGAAGCAGUGAAGUGGAUAAGUUACACUUAUCUUUAUGUCCGGAUGAGAGCAAAUCCAUUAGUAUAUGGCAUCAGUCACAAGGCUUAUCAGAUGGACCCAACAUUAGCAAAGCAUCGAGAACAGUUGGUUAUUGAGGUUGGACGAAAAUUAGACAAAGCUCGGAUGAUUCGUUUUGAGGAGAGAACUGGAUAUUUUUCCUCAACCGAUUUGGGUAGAACUGCCAGCCAUUAUUAUAUUAAAUACAACACCAUUGAGACCUUCAAUGAACUAUUUGAUGCUCACAAAACAGAGAGUGAUAUUCUUGCUAUAGUCUCCAAAGCUGAAGAAUUUGAUCAAAUUAAGGUCAGAGAAGAGGAAAUAGAGGAGUUAGAUACCUUAUUAAACAAUUUCUGUGAGCUCUCAGCUCCUGGAGGUGUUGAGAACAGCUAUGGGAAAAUAAAUAUCCUACUACAAACUUACAUCAGUCGAGGAGAGAUGGACAGUUUCUCCCUUAUAUCAGAUUCUGCAUAUGUUGCACAGAAUGCAGCUAGAAUAGUCCGUGCUCUUUUUGAAAUUGCUCUGAGGAAACGUUGGCCUGCCAUGACCUACAAGCUCCUGAAUCUUAGUAAAGUUAUCGACAAGAGGCUUUGGGGUUGGGCUAGCCCUUUGAGGCAAUUUUCAACCUUACCACCACACAUUCUAACAAGAUUAGAAGAAAAAAAUCUUAGUGUGGACAAGCUGAAAGACAUGAGGAAAGAUGAAAUAGGUCACAUGCUGCAUCAUGUGAAUAUUGGACUCAAGGUCAAACAAUGUGUUCACCAAAUUCCUUCUGUUACAAUGGAAGCAUCCAUUCAGCCCAUCACACGGACUGUCCUCCGAGUGACACUCAGUGUCUGUCCUGAUUUCACUUGGAGCGAUCAGGUUCAUGGAACAGUUGGCGAACCCUGGUGGAUUUGGGUAGAAGAUCCUACAAAUGAUCAUAUUUAUCACUCAGAAUACUUUCUAGUUCUAAAAAAACAGGUCAUUAGUAAAGAAAAACAAAUGCUGGUGUUUACAAUUCCUAUUUUUGAACCUUUGCCUUCUCAAUACUACAUUCGAGCAGUGUCUGAUAGGUGGCUAGGAGCUGAGGCUGUGUGUAUCAUCAACUUUCAACAUCUAAUUCUGCCAGAGAGACAUCCUCCCCAUACAGAAUUACUAGACCUUCAACCUUUACCAGUCACAGCUUUGGGAUGUGAAGCAUAUGAAGCACUGUACAAUUUCAGCCACUUUAACCCUGUGCAGACACAGAUUUUUCAUACACUGUAUCACACAGACUGUAAUGUCCUACUUGGAGCACCCACUGGAUCAGGAAAGACUGUUGCAGCUGAGUUAGCUAUUUUCAGAGUUUUCAACAAGUACCCUACUUCAAAGGCAGUAUAUAUUGCACCCCUAAAAGCCUUAGUACGUGAAAGAAUGGAUGAUUGGAAAAUUAGAAUCGAAGAAAAACUUGGUAAAAAAGUUAUUGAACUAACAGGAGAUGUGACCCCUGAUAUGAAAUCCAUUGCCAAGGCUGACCUUAUUGUUACCACGCCAGAGAAGUGGGAUGGAGUUAGCAGAAGCUGGCAAAAUCGGAACUAUGUAAAGCAAGUCACCAUUCUCAUCAUAGAUGAGAUCCAUCUGCUUGGAGAGGAAAGAGGCCCUGUUCUAGAAGUCAUUGUAUCUCGAACAAAUUUCAUCUCAUCACACACAGAAAAGUCUGUUAGAAUAGUUGGAUUAUCUACUGCUUUAGCUAAUGCUAGAGACCUUGCUGACUGGCUCAAUAUUAAUCAGAUGGGCUUGUUCAACUUUCGACCAUCAGUCCGUCCAGUUCCACUAGAAGUUCACAUUCACGGCUUCCCCGGUCAACAUUACUGUCCUCGUAUGGCUAGUAUGAAUAAGCCUACAUUUCAGGCAAUUCGAAGCCAUUCUCCAGCCAAACCUGUUUUGAUAUUUGUCUCAUCAAGGCGUCAAACUCGUCUUACUGCUUUAGAAUUGAUAGCCUUUCUGGCUACUGAAGAAGAUCCAAAGCAGUGGUUGAAUAUGGAUGAAGGAGAGAUGGAGAACAUCAUUGGAACAUUAAGAGAUUCCAACUUGAAGCUGACACUUGCUUUUGGAAUAGGAAUGCAUCAUGCUGGACUUCAUGAAAGGGAUCGAAAAACAGUUGAGGAACUAUUUGUAAACUGUAAAGUUCAGGUUCUAAUUGCUACAAGUACAUUAGCCUGGGGUGUAAACUUUCCAGCUCAUUUAGUAAUUAUUAAAGGAACAGAAUACUACGAUGGAAAAACAAGACGUUAUGUGGAUUUUCCCAUUACAGAUGUACUCCAGAUGAUGGGGCGUGCUGGGAGGCCUCAGUUUGAUGACCAAGGCAAAGCUGUCAUUCUGGUUCAUGACAUAAAGAAAGACUUUUACAAAAAAUUUCUUUAUGAACCUUUCCCCGUAGAAUCAAGUCUAUUGGGAGUGCUUGCUGAUCAUUUAAACGCAGAGAUUGCUGGUGGCACAAUAACAUCGAAGCAAGAUGCAAUGGAUUAUAUCACCUGGACUUACUUUUUCCGACGUCUUAUUAUGAACCCCAGCUACUACAAUUUGAGUGAUGUGAGCCAUGACUCUGUGAACAAGUUUCUGUCCCACCUGGUUGAAAAGUCGUUGGUUGAACUGGAACAUUCCUAUUGUAUUGAAAUUGGAGAGGAUAACCGGAGUAUUGAACCUCUGACAUAUGGUCGAAUUGCUUCUUACUACUACUUGAAGCACCAAACAGUUAAAAUGUUCAAGGAGCGUUUGAAACCUGAAUCCAGCACUGAAGAAUUACUCUCAAUUCUGAGUGAUGCAGAAGAAUACACGGAUUUGCCAGUAAGACACAACGAAGAUCAUAUGAAUAGUGAACUGGCAAAAUGUCUUCCCUUAGAGUCAAAUCCUCAUUCGUACGACAGCCCUCACACCAAAGCACAUCUGCUCCUGCAGGCGCACCUCAGCCGCACCAUGCUGCCCUGCCCAGAUUAUGACACUGAUACCAAAACAGUUUUGGACCAAGCUCUCCGAGUAUGUCAGGCAAUGCUGGAUGUGGCUGCAAACCAGGGCUGGCUGGUGACUGCCCUGAAUAUCACCAAUCUGGUUCAGAUGAUUAUCCAGGGCCGGUGGUUAAAAGACUCUUCUCUUACCACAGUACCAAAUAUAGAACACCAUCAUCUUCACAUUUUCAGGAAAUGGAGCCCGGGUUUAAAGGGCCCACGUGCGGGGGCCCGUGGCUGCAUCGAGUGCCUUCCUGAGCUGAUCCAGGCCUGUGGAGGGAAGGAGCAUGUCUUCAGCUCCAUGAUAGAAAAUGAGCUACCAGCUACAAAAAUGAAGCAGGCAUGGAAUUUCAUAUCUCACUUGCCUGUGAUAGAUAUUGGCUUAAGUGUUAAAGGCUGGUGGGAUGACUCGGUUGAAGGACAUAACGAACUCUCUAUCACAACUGUGACUUCAGACAAACGAAAUGACAACAGAUGGAUCAAAUUGCAUGCUGAUCAAGAGUAUGUGCUUCAAGUCGGCUUGCAGAGAGUCCACACUGGGUUCCAAAAGGGAAAGCAAGACAGCCAUGCAGUUGCCCCUCGAUUUCCCAAGUUGAAAGAUGAAGGAUGGUUUUUGAUACUAGGAGAAGUGGAUAAGAGAGAACUUAUUGCUUUGAAAAGAGUAGGAUAUGUUCGAAAUCAUCAUGUUGUUUCCAUUUCUUUUUAUACCCCUGAAGCACCUGGGAGGUAUAUUUACACACUGUACUUCAUGAGUGACUGCUAUCUUGGCAUGGACCAGCAAUAUGACAUCCAUCUCAACGUCACCCCAGCAAGCGUUUCUGCACAGGUCAAUGAGGAAGUCUCUGAUGCCCUGACUGACCUAAAACUGAAGUAAACAGACCCAGAUAAGCCACUUGAAAUAAGUGGUAAAGAAGUGAGGUUGUUCAGUCUUCUAGACCACGUCAUUACUUGUUGGUGCUUGCCUCGGUAAAAAUCUACUUCUAACCUCAAACUACUCAGAAGAUUGAUUACACCAACACAAGUUCUCUGCAGAGGCCUUUUAACAAAUGUUGACUUUAAAAUGUCUUCAAGAAUUUCUUGAUAAUGAGUAAGCAUAUAGGAGAGUCACCAAAUUUGUGUAAUUCAAGAUGAUAUAUAGAAAUUAUCAGUCAAAUUCCACAUCUCACGAUGUUCUGUUUACAAGAGUACUGUUUUUGUUUUGUGUUUUAAGGAAAGCUACACUAAGUGCUGACAGUGUUAGGAUUUGUGUAGCAGAUUUCUAACCCUGCAGCAUAACAGACAGACACAAGAUAAGAUGGAAGGUGCCAUAUGUCUUGUUAGCAUAUUUAUACUUUGACCACAGAUCAAAGUAUAUCAUAUAGAAGAAUAUCUUGCAGUUAUAAUAAAUGAAAUGAAAUCACAUUAUGGAGCCCAAUGAUGACAAAAAAAUAACAGAAUAUACUGAUCUUAGACAAUGUAGAUAUUGUAACUGGUGGAAAUAAAGUACUUAGAGUGCCUCUUCCAAGAUAAGCUGACUCAGUUAUUUCCCUGCUUCCGUUUCAUUAUAUACCAUCUUCCUCUUUUAUUGUUUCUUCUACUCCCUCCAACUAUUUAUACAUAAAGAGAGAAACACUGCUUUGUGUGGUUACAGAUACAGCCCAUAUAAUAUAACACUUUGUGUUUGUGUUCUCAAAACUUGCUUGAGGCAAAUACAGAAAAUUUUUGACCAUUACGGGUAGAAUUUUACCUGUGAUAAAGGAAAUUUCUCUAUGUCCAAAUAAUUUUCAUGUUGAAAGUAUUUUUUUUUCAAACUAAAAAAGUUAUUAGAAUUCAAACUAAAAAGUUAUCAGUGUCUGUGUCAUUCCAGUGCAAUGAAAUUCUAUCUUUGCAAAGGAAUGUCAGUUAUUCCUGGCCCUGUGGUGAAUUAUUUUAAAGUACUUUCCAGUAUAACUAUCACAAGUAUUACAAUUUAAAAGUUUCUAUGAAACUGCUGCAUAUUGCGUGUGUGUACAUGCUUUCCCUUGCUGAAAAAUAAGGAAAAAGAAAAAGUAGGAUGAGGAGAAGUAGGCACUCACUUCUGAAGAAUGAAUGUGAACUGUCUGAAGGACAUCAUCUUAGAAGCUUACUUCAUAUAGUUUGCUCCACUUUUCCUUUGGUUGUUUAAUCCUAAUUGAAAUUCACACCUUAACCAGCAUUUUAGUGAAGUUCAAAGAAAAUGAAGAUUAUAGACAAAUGAUCAUCAGUUCAUACAGGAGCCUGAGGAGAAACAGUCAUUUUGUUCAUGUUUCCAGCCUCAUAUCUUUUCAUUAGAGACCAGGCAGGCACGGAGAGGUGUAAGAGCUUCUUCACUGGAUACAGGACACAGAGGCAGUAGGGAGAGUUGUUAUAUUCACCACGUCAAGGGAAAAUAAUAUGACUAAUUAAAAUUAAAAGUGAUUAGUCCCAAAUAAGCUGCAGAGGAUCCUGAUAAGGCAAGGUGCACUUUGAUGGAAAAGUUAAUCUUACUCCAAUGAGUAACCAAUGCUAUUUGCCUACGACUUUGCCCUCACCUAUUAACUAGCAUGUUAUUGUUAAGAGUGCAUUAUAACAGGACACAUGCCAACAAAAUCACAUUAAUACUAUUUUCAGAGCUGUAGAUCAUUAACUUCCCAAUUAAUGCCAAGAACUUCACCAAUAUUUCAACUUAUUGUAAAUCCUAAUGAAAAAGAACUUCUUUAUCGUCCUAAAAUUUUUGAAGGGAAUUUCUUUUUCUUGGGGGGAGAAGUUUUGAUAAAAGAUUUCCUUGGGCUAAAUUAAAGUGUUCUCAACUGGAAUGCUCCCAACAUCUCAGAUCACACACUUCCAGACUGGCUGCUCUGUGAUACAACUCUGAUUUCAUGCUGUGUCAUUUCUUAUCCAUCUGAAUAUUAUCAGCUCCCAGUAUUUAAGUUCCAGGUAUUUGUUCUAGGUACUACAUUGAGUGCUCUGACAGCCAUAUGAAUCAAAGACAUCCUGCUCUCAAGACUAGUUAUGAAAAGGCGAUGCACAUAAUAAAGAAAUGACAUGUACUAGUAGGAGCACUGAGAAAUGCUAUGAGAGUUCAGCUAUAAGAUAUUAGAAAAAUCAGGAAGGGACAGUUUGGCUGAGUUUUGAAUAUGGUUAGAAUUACAAGCAUUCCAUGUAUAACAGCAUGGCUCUGAGAGCGCCUACCUGAAUGCCAAGGUGUCUGAAUUUCCAGAGACAUGACAGGGGUAACAAGCCAGAAGAAUGGAAAGUAUAUGAGUGACUUUGGACUAGAUGAGGACUGCAGAUUUUAUGUACAUAUGUGGGAUUCCUUGGCAGGUCAGCACAAAAGGUCCUGGGACUAGAACAUAGAACCAAGGGAGAGAGGAAGCAGCCGGGAGCCAGGGAGGGCACGCAUCCAUGCCUGCAGUGGGUAAUGGGUAGUAAGUAUCAACAAGGAGGAGUCAAGAAGUCAUCAAAAGCCCUUGUGGCUAAUGGGGCAUUAAUGAUGGUUAUGUUCUCAGUAAAAUAAGGAAGAGAAAGUUUAAAUUGCAGGAGGAUCUUGAGUGGCCAUGAGAAAAGAGAAGUCUUGAACUAUGCAGACUUCUUUCACUAAAGGUGUAAUUUAAUGGUGUGUAUGGUGAUAGUAUUAAACACUACUUGAAAAGAAUCACAAAGCCUCUGUCUCCUGACCACUUCUUAAAAGUGUGUAGUCAGUCAUCCUCCAAAUAAAGAAUGUCAGUAGCUGCAGUUGAGAUUUCAAACAAGCCAUUCCAAUGAUACUACUAAAAUGAACUUAAUUAUGGAUUCCAGGAAUAUGCCUCUUUACCUGUGUUACCUUCAGUGGGUAUUAUCAGAAAAUAUGCUUUAAUUCCUGUUAAAGUAGAUUCGCCAAAGAUCUCAAAGGAAUGGGUAUAGAUUAGAAAAACUGAGCUUGCUUUAUAGCAAGAGAAGCAGUUUUAUUUGGCAGGGGGUGGGGGGGAGCUCUUUUUUUCCAAAUGAUUUUCUUACUCCUGUGUUGUUGAUUAUCCCAAAUGUAUUGGAAGGUUUUGUAUCAAAUCUGAUCAACUCUUCUGUUCCCAUUUCCUCGCCUAUAAAAUAAUGGUAACUCCUACCCAGUUUCGUCUCAGAGUAAUUGGUUCCAUUGGGACAAAAGGGAAAUGAACAUAAUUGUGUAUACACAGUGCCUAGUAUAGCAAGUGUUUUAUCUGUUUUGUCAAAUGAGUAACUGCUUAGAAAAACUAUAAGAAACCAUGAAGAAUAAAUAAAAUGUAAAGUCCAAGGUGAUAAAUUGUAAAUAAACUCAUUCAGGGUUGAUUUUAUCUAUCAAUGGGGCAGGCAGCUCUGAGCCAGCCCACCAUAGCUACCCCCACCAAAAACAAUAAAAGCUUUU